CAUUCACAGUGUGGUUAUUCCCCUUUGGUGAGUUGGAAUCAUGAAUCCAAAACAGAAAGUAGCAGCAGGUUUCCUUGUAUUCAGACGACUUGGAAAAGAAAUACAGUAUUUAUUGCUUCAGACUUCAUACGGUGAAAAUCACUGGUCACCGCCAAAAGGUCAUGUUGACCCUGGCGAGACUGAAUUACAGACUGCUUUGAGAGAGACCGAAGAAGAGGCAGGACUGAAAGAGAGUGAUUUUACCAUGUAUACAGAAUUUCAAAGGACACUUAACUAUGAAGUGCAAGGGAAGCCAAAACGAGUAGUGUACUGGCUCUCAGAACUAAAGAAUCCCAGUACCCCUGUGACACUAUCAGAUGAACACAUAGAUUUCAAGUGGCUAAAUCUACCACAGGCUUUAAAUUAUGUUGAAAAAUACAAGGAUUUUCAGCAAGUGUUGAAUGAUGCAGAUACUUUCAUUAAGUCUAAUUUAUGAUAAAUAAUAUUUAUGUAAAUGUAUAAAGAUUUUCAGUUUUGAUUAAAUGUGAACAUUC